AUGAGAGAGAAAGUCGAAAGUGAGCUUACAGAGAGAAGUUUCGUUCAGGUUUCGGAGAAGGUUGAAAUUGAUGUUGAGCCUUUGAAGGCUCGAACCAAAGUUGGUGAAAUCUCUAUAGCUUGGAAACCUAUUAAAGGAGUUGGCCGUGCUCCUAAAAGAUUGAAGAUUAUAAAUGUUGAGAAGUCGGUUCCAACUAUAAAUGCUCGUCAAUCAAUUCCAAAAUUUGAUCCUGAUUUUGAUUCUAACAAUCAAACAUAA